GGAGCAACUCAUCGGCAGUUGUAGAUUUGCGAUACAUCAGCCGUUCAAAUUAGGAACCCUAAAUCUAAUUCACCAUACCUCCAAGCUUUCUGAGUUUCUACCUACUUCAACAGACUCGAUGAAAUCCUGCUCUCUUUGAGUUUCUACUUCAAUUCAUCAUCAAAUUCCACCAAUUGGAUUAAAUCGAAGAAUCUUCUAACUUCCUUGUUUGAGCUUCUAUUGUUUAUAAUAAUUGUUGCUAUAUAUAUUUUUCAGUCGUUUUCAGAGUUGUUUUCACAACAAUUGGUGAAGUCUGUAACUGUAAAGAGAUCUUCCGGCUUAUCUCGUGGUACAAGUUCUGAUUUAUGAUGGAGAUUGACUCAGUCAACAUAGUUGAUGGUCACCAAGUCGGCACAAAAAAUGAGACUUCGGAACCUGUUAAACAGGAGAGGGUUUUGGCCGGUGACGGAAAAUGUUAUUCCUCUACAGACACUGUUCAGGGAAACAAAGCUGAUACCGGCGAGGAGGAGGGAAAUGUAUCAAUGGAUUCCGGUGGUGGUGAUGUGAAUAUGGAGGCUUCAAUCUCAGCUGAUGAUGUAAUGCGGGCAGGUGGGUUUGGUGCUAGAGACGACAUAAGUAAUUUUCUUCCUGUUGCAAGUGAUUCCACCGACUUUGAAGCUUCGUUACGUGAUGCCAGAGAUUAUGAAGAGCCACAAAAGGAGAUUUGCAGACCAGGGCUCGGCUGGAAAGACGUGAAAGAGUAAGAUUGCGGUUGGUCCUUUUGGUGCUUCUUCCGUGGACGCAUUUAUGUCAUAUUGGAAAAUGGAAACUUGAAUGUUUGGCGAUGUAGUUGUCGAUGAAUGUUUUCUAUACUAAUGAUCAUGGACGGAUAGCAAGCACGGAUCUUUGUAGCUAACGAUGUGUCUUUAUAUCCAAUAUAUCAACUCUUAUUUGAAAA